AUGGCGUCCGUUCUCAUUGUCGGCGUCCUUCUGAUCCUCCGGGCCGUUUCUGCUUCACCGAGUGUCAGCCACCGACCUCAUGGGUAUUGCAAGCAGCUGGACAUUCCGUUGCCUGUCACUGCAGAAACCGCUGUUUACGAUAUACCCAGAGUAGACAACGACAUCGAAGCGGCUGCUUGGGCAAUCUACGACGCCACUCGAACUACGGUGCAUGGCCCCGGGAGCAUCAUCAAGAAUACUACGACUUCCAGAACUUUCAACAUUCAUGCCCAGCUGUGCAUCCCCAAUGGUGCCCAGAAGAGCAAGAACAAUACCUUGCAAAUCGCCACCCACGGAGUCCACUACGACUCCAGAUACUGGGACUCGACGUACAGGCCCGAGAAGCACUCUUAUGUGGAGGCAGCUCUUAAGGCUGGAUACUCGAUCCUCACGUAUGAUCGUUUGGGAGUAGGCGAAUCCGAUCAUCCGGACGCAUACACCGUGGUCCAGGCUCCUCUUGAGCUGGAGAUCCUCCGUCAAUUGACUUUGAUGGCCCGCAAUGGCACUCUGUAUGACUUUGCGAGCCAUACCGAGCCCUCCGAUGCUGCCUUCAAUCAGUUGGAGGUCCCGCACAAAGUCGUUCACAUCGGACACAGCUUCGGGUCAUUCCUUACCUCCGCCUUCAUUGCCAGGUACGGCCCUCUUACCGACGGAGCAAUCAUCACGGGCUAUCUCUUGACGGAAUUUCUCGCGAGCGCUGGUUCGACAUCCUUCAGCGUCGAAUAUGCUGCCACAGGAUCGCCUCCUUUUAACCGCUCAAGUGGUUAUGUUGUGUGCCAGAGAGACGGUAUCCAGAACAUCUUCUUUGGGGGUAAUCCGAAGACCGCCUUCACACCAGAGCUGCUCAACUACGGUAUCAGCAUCAAGCAACCUGUUCCCAUCGGAGAGUUCGCCUCGGCCUUUUCCCUGAUAGGCAACCCCGGGCCGUCUUUCAAAGCUCCCGUCCAGUUCUUCCUACCGGAGUUUGACUUCUACAUCUGUCGUGGUGACUGCCGGGGUUUGGCGAAUAUCACAGCCUUGAACGAGACCUACCCCCACGCUACUGCUAUUGAGGUGGCCAUCCAGCCCAACACCGGACAUGCGCUGCCACUGCACAACAAUGCCACAGCAGGCUUUAAGGUCAUGUUUGACUUCUUCUCCCGACAUGGCCUCUAGCUGCCUAAAUGGCGAA